UUACAAAUUGUAUGAAAUGGCAAAGUAAAUGACGAAUUUAUUUUCUGUAUCGCAAAAAAUGAUACAUUUUGAUCUAUAUUCCGAACUACUUUUGUUACUCGUAAGAAAACUUUUAGUAUGUGAAUCGUCCAAACAACAUGGCGAUGUAAAUAAACAAGGUGCGCGUCCGAAGAUGUUAGAUAGUUGAAAAGUUAUAAAUCAGUUAAAACUUUAAAAUUACCGAGAGAUAAUGGACUCAAGUAUACGCUCGUUGUUAGUUGCAGCUCAAAAAAUCAGUGGCCAAGAAAAGAACCCAUCUCUUCUACAGGCAUACAGCUUGCUCAGGAAUGUGGCAGAAAAUAAACCUUCAGUGGAUAAUCCUGAGGCAUUUAGCCCAGAUCUGUAUGUACAGUGUGCUGAAAUAGCUUUCCAGAAUGGGCUAUUUGACAUCUCCAAAGAAUGCUUGAAAAUGUACUUUAUGAAACCACCACCAGGGAACCAGUUCCUGUGUAGAGCAUACCUCUGCCAGUCUCAGUUGCUGGCUCCUACUGCAACCAUACCAGAACAACUAGAAAAGGCAGUAGUCUAUCUACUGAAAGCUAUAUCAUUCGCCAAAGAAAAUCCAAGAUACCAUUUUCUGGUGUAUAAUGCCUCAGUGAUAUACUGGCAGUUUUGUCGGCCAUUUUUAAAGCAGAAUUUCCGUCAGUUUCUUGCUCGCAGCCUUCAUUCUGUUGUUAAAGCAUUAGAUGAUAUUGAUGAUAAAGAUUUUGAAUGGAGGGCUCAGCUGAUGAUUGCAUUGAUAGAAUGUAACUUGGAUGCUGGUAAGAAGAAUGAUGCUGCACAGAUAGCCAGUGCUGCUGCCACCUUCAUUAAACAAAAUGUACCACAUCUAUAUAAACAAGUAUUUGGACUCAUUAUCAGGAAUCAGUUGAUUGAUUCUUCCAAGUUCCACAAGGAUAUCAAAGCUUCACCAGAACUAGGGAUUUUCUACAUGAUAUGUAAACUCAAAGUAUCUUUAGAGAACAAUGAACCGAAGGAGUAUUAUGCAGAGAUUCAGCGUAUAUUGAAUCAGAUGGGAGUACCCCACAGUGAGUCUCACUCUAAAAAGAAGAAAGCUAGACAACAAUCUCCAUCCUCUGUCACUGAUCUCGACAGUGAUUUAAUGUCUCGGGAAGUGAGUGAGUUGUCUUUACCCGAGUCUUUGAAAGGAAAGUCCCCAACAUCCAAGCUGAAAGCUGGUGACUUAAGAAAAGCCCUCUUAUCUGAAAAGACCAAUGAGAGCCUUAAGUCAAGGUCAAGGUCUCCAGCUGUGAGGGCCUCUCGUGAAGGGUCCAUCGUGAAACAGAAAACACACAGGGAUUCAGAUCGGAAAAGCCCUACCAAAGGUACAGGCAGACGGACACCAACUCCAACAUCAACAAAGAAAAUCUCUGAUGAGAGCCAAGAGAAGCCCUAUUUGCUGCUGGAGUUAGCUAGAUUAUGUCUGGAGCUCGACUUUCCUGAUCUUGCCCAGGACUGUGCUGACCAUAUGAAAACAUGCAGUGUUAAGGAUCCAGGAUUUUACCUGGAACUAGAAUUUUUACAGUGUGAUAUCAUGGUGAAACACCUUGCAGAGAAACAAGAAUCUCUUCACAAACAUGUUGUUGAUAUUCGUCAACAAGCUAUCAAGAGAUGUGAAGAGGUGAUCAUGAAUGCUAUAAGACUUGGUAACCCCAAUGUUAUACAGGUGGGCUGUGUUACCCAGUGGAACCUGUGUCUGCCACUGCUUCAACCUAACCUUAGACAUCAUGUACGUAAACCACUUACACUUGUAGCUGAGGCAUUGGAAAAUAUACAAAGUUUGCUGGUACAGUUGAGAUGUCAGGUUCACACAGAGCUGGCUAAAUGUGAGGAAGAUGUGGAACAAAUUGAGGUUGCCAUGACAAAUCUGAAAAAGGCACUGGCUCUAGAUGAUGCCAAGAUUUAUCAGGAGAGAUUGGAGGUGAUGUUACAUAGACUUGAAUUACGAUCAGAACUUUAUCAACAACCUGAGAGAGUAGAAGACAUUGCUGGCAUGAUUAUAGAACAGGCGAGGAAAGCUAACUCUGGUACAAUGAGAAUGAAAAGGUCAUUGUUAGUGAAAGCUGGGGAGGCUUUAGCACCAGAUGCCUUUAACCUUGUCCUAGAUAGUGAAAGCAGCACCAAAGCCCUCGAACUUGCUAUGAGCAAGAACAGUCACGAUGUAACUGGAGGUAAAGCACCACUUACACAGAUCAAGAAACUUUCUAACAAAGCUCGACAGUUUAAUAAAUGUGUGAAAAAAGCUGAAGGACAUCUGCAAAGACUUGGCAAUGAAAACGACAGGGAAAGAGCAAGAUUAUGGGGAGAUUUGGCAAAGACUGCCCGCAAACAAGAAGUCUGGGAUGUUUGCCGUGUAGCAUCUAGAUUCUGUUUGUUAUAUGAUGAUGGAAGGUGGAAAAAUAUUGUCAUUGAAAAAGAUGAGAGCCCCAAGCCUGUAGAGAAAAUAAAAACUGUUGAUUCUAGUAUGGAUGGUACCUUAUCAUCUAAUGACCGAUCCAGCACCCAGCUGACACAACAAGAUGGUGGCAGAUCCGACUCCCCAACCCCACAGUCCUCACUCUCAGACAAAGAUUUACUCAGGAUGUUUGCUGAGGUUAACUUCAUUCAAGGCGAGGCAAUGGUACAUCUGUUGCGUACAGAAGGUGUACAGUUAAAUGAUGCCCCUAUACCACCUGUAGACACCAGGAAACAUCCUAAAGGAUAUGUUGCUAAGAAACCAGAGGAGGAUCCAGAUUGGAUUGAAUACUGUGAUUGGAUAAAAUCAUUAUCAGAAAAUGGUACAAGCAGUUUCCUGCGUGGUCUGGCUCUAGGGGUGGAGCUAAACGAAGCAUGGCUAGUGUGUUGUGCCUCAACAUAUGUGUGGAACUAUAAUAAUCAUGUGUUAACACAGUUGAGGCAUAGAGAAAUCAUGGACACACUCACUGUUGUCUUUGAUGGACUGAAGAAAGUUGGACAUGCAAAUGAGACAUCAUCUCUUGUAAACAUAUGUAAUGCUCUAUCAUAUGCGUUGAUGAAGCCGUGGAUACCUGUACCCAGUAAGGAGGAGCCACCAGCACCUGAGACUCCUAGAAUUGACUCCGGCAAGAAAGGAAAAGCUGAUCCAAAAGCAAAGAAAACUACAGCCAACACAGUUUCCAUACCAUCUGAGGCAAUGCCGGACCUGAAAAAAGCUAUUGAGGUGUGUGAGUAUGUUAUAGAGGUCACAAAUGGAACAAAUCCUCAGGAUGUUGUUGCUAUUCCAGUCAGAAUGCCUAUACUACAAACAUGGGUGUUUGCUAAACAGAUGGCACAACAACAAAUCACUAAAAAUCUUGGCCUUGAUGAGGAGCCAUGGACAGAAGGUCAAAAGGCAAUGUCAAGGUCAAUUGUUGCCGUGGAGAUGUUGAAACUCAACAAAAACAAUAUCAUGGAGUUUAAAGAAGUGCCUCCCAUAACUGAGGUUGCUAAUAUGGUAGAGGAAUGCCGCUGGACUGAUAAGUUUGUUGAACUUCAACUUUGGUCACAUCUGACGUCCCUCGCGUAUGAUCAGAAGAUGCAUAGUCUGGUUAUACGUUGUAGUAAGAAAGCUCUGAGGUUUGUUGCUACUGGCACUCAGCCAAAGAACAAGAAAAUUGAUGGGCAUAAUCAGAUGGUUGAAUUCGAGAUGUUGAGCUACUCCAGUGGUAUAUUAGGACAGAGUCUUGUUGAUAAUAUGGGUGGUAAAAAUGCUAUACGUAGAGAGGCCCUCUCAGCUUUCCUUGACAGUGCCAGGUUUGCUAUGAAGGCAGACAACUAUGAGUUAGUGAUGACUGCAGCUAGACACUACUGGAAUGCAUGUUGUCCGUUAGUCAGUCAGCCAAUAGAAAGAGAGCUGUUGAGAGAACCAAUCAGAAUCAUCCUGCAGUGUAUCACAGAAACUGCUGACUCAUUGAAGAAAAGGGAGGAGAAGAGUGACGAUGAGAAGAAAGAGGAAGAUGGUGGUGAGAGUAUAGGAGAUAUGAAAGAGGAGGAAAAGACUGUGGGAGGUAUAGGAGCUGUUGAAGAUGAUCUUACUCUACGUGCUGCUCUCUAUGGUGUCUUCUUCCAGUCUUUUGCUGACAAGGGUGAAUGGGAAGCUGGAUUACAGGCCAUGGAUCAAGCCAUUGCAGACAUGCCUCGCACCAAACAUAGAUUGUUGAUCUUCAAGCAUCGUGUUAUAACCAAAGCCAAGUUAGGAAGAAGCGUUGCCAUGGAUAUCCAGAAGUUCAAGACUGAGAUGAAAUACCUUAAUCGAGGUCGAGCAUCCAAUCGAAAGACAGAGUUGGAGGUCAGUUUAGAAAAUGUUAAAAGUCAUUUGGAUGAGAGUGAAGAUUAUGUGGCACAUAUGUGGCGCCGUGUGGCCCUCAUGUCCAAGGAGACAGCAGAACAACUUCUUUCCUACCAGAAUGCCAUAGAGGCACUUAAUAGUCAGAGUAAUGAAUGGUUGAAGAUAGAGCUGUUAUUAGAGUUUGCCCAGUGGUUAUGUGUGAAGGAUUUCCCACUAGAAGAUUGUACAGAUCAAGUAGAAUGGGCCAUAGAUAUAAUGCAAAAUAUGCAGGCUGAAAUUGAUACCAGGAAAGAAGAAGAAGCAAAGGCUGCUGCAGAAGCCGCUGAGGUCAAGAAAGCUGCCAAAGGAGGAAAGAAAGAUAAGAAAGGAGCAGCCCCUCCUAAACCUAAAGUACCAUCAGCUAAGAAGGAGAGGACACAAGUGAAGGAAGCAGAUAAGGAGAAAGAUAAAGGUGAUAGUAAAGAUGUCAAUCCAGAAGAUAUGAUUCCUCAAACCAGGGAGGCUGUCAUAGGUGUUUUACCCACCAACCCAACAUUAAAGGUUCAGGAUAUAACAGAUAUUAAGGUGCUAGAUGGUCUCAUACGUGCCCACGUGCUCCUUGCUGAGAUUGUAGGUCGAGGUGUACCUCAGUACGCAGACUAUCUUCUGAUGGCACAUGCAUAUCUCAUGAAACUGUGGCAGGUAACUGUCAAGGUAUCAGGUCCAACAAUGAAGGAAAUUCUGAAGAACCCUCCACAAGCUGGUGAGAACAACAAUGCAAAAGGAUCAGCAAAGAAGAAGGAUAAGGGUGCAGAGAAAGCCCCAGUGAAAGAGAAACCUAAACGUAAAGGGCCAUUAGAUAUUAUUCCAAACACUUUGGAAGAAUGGGCAGUCUAUGAUGUUCCUGAUGAGGUAAUAGAAGCAUUCAAACAUGAGCUCAUGGAAGAAACAGGCAUCAAUAAACACACCAUUGUAAAACCUAUGUUGACAUUACAUUACCUGGAGUCAAUGGUGACACAGCUGAGGGAUAUAGGAUACAACCAUCUUACUCUUCCUGUCCUCGCCUUCGAGGAUCUUCUAUCUCGAGACCUACUACACAAUGACUCGCUCAAGUUUCUCGUGCAUAGUCGUGCGGUGGAGGUGUGUCUAGAGCUGAACCUCACCAAUGGAUACACAUUCCAUGAGAAAAUAUGUGGACCAGUUAAUAUGAAUGAAGCAGAUCAGGCUAAGUCUCGUGAUGAUAUAGCCUUCUGGAAGGAGAAACAAGCUCAGGUUAUCAAAGAAGAAAUGAGAGUGAGAGAAACCAUUGCUAAACUUGCUGAAGAGACCAAACAAUCAACCAGAAGUCUCCUUACUAAACGGCAGGAAACAGCAACCACUGAACAGUCAACAGAUAAAGUUGUAUCACAUUUAGGUAAAGUUCUGGGUGCUGUACAGUUUAGAGAUGUCUGGACUGACACAGCAGAAGUGCUUAUAAGACAGGGACACUACCAAAGUGCUAGAGAAUUCCUGAUGGAAGCCCAUUCUGCUGGUGUAUCGUUCAGUGACAUUCCUCUUCAGGCUCGAGCCCUCUACCUGCUGGGCACACUGGCAUACGAAGAAGCUCAGUUUGGUCAGGCAAUCAACUACUGCCAGAAAGCUCAGGCUUUGUACUAUGGGGAUGAGAUGUUCUGGUACGAGACAACAAUGUUGAUGGCAAACUCUACCAUACAAGACUAUGAGAACAGAAAUGCUAAAAGAAUUGCUCGAGGUAUUUUGGUGCAUUCACUCAAUGAGUUUAUGAGAAUUCAGGAUGAGAGACCAAACAGGGCCAGUAGUCUGUCCUUUAUAAUCUCUAUGAUUGAAGCAAGAUUGGCAGGAACACAGUGGUCUAUUAUCCAGGAGGAGUACCCAGAUAUCAAUGAUCCUCUAGUGAUGAAAAGAGUGCAUGAAAUAUGUGAGAAAUUUGAUGAGGCCAUAUCAUGUUUGGUUAGGAUGGGAUAUAAGAGAGAGGCUCUACCACUGAUGAAAGAACAUGCAGAUAUACUGAGGAAAAUGGCACAGGAUUCCCUCGAGGCUGAGAUCAGACAUACUUACUAUCUACAGGGUAUGAUUGUUUUGAAAGACGCUGUAUCAACAUCAGAGGAAAUUCUUACUAAUAUACAAUCAUUGUAUAGUCUUCAAGAGAUCCGGGGAAUGUCAUUACCAGUACAGAGAGAAGCGGCUGACAUUAAGAUAGCUUGUGGAGAGCUGUUGUUAGAGAUAUUCAGGGUACAUGCAGCAGAAACAAGGAACCAACAACUAGAAGACCAGAGAAAGGGUUCUGUCCUGAAGAUGGUUGAAGAUUUUAUUCGAGCCACACCUGUGUACACACACAUGGAAAAAGACUGGGUAGAAACUACUAGAGUAGUAAUAGAGGAGGCAGUAAGCAAGUUCUUGGAUGCUCACAAUCAGGCCAUGUCUAUACCAAGGUUAAAGGCCAAGUCACUGUGUGGUGUAGGUCAAUGUUUGAGAGCUCUGUCCCUGUAUCAAAGUUCUGAUGCUCCCACACACUGGGUUGUCACAGAAAUGGAGUUAGCCAAGUUAUCAGAUAUACCAGAGGAAAAUGAAAGUGGUGGCACUGAAGAAUUAGACAAACAUUCCAGACAGUUCCUUAAAUAUGCUAAACAGAUCAGACAGAUGAAGGGCUGUGACAGUGUAUCUCGCCAGUACUUGAUACAAGCAACUGAAUGUUUGGUACAAACGUUACUACUGGCACUCAAUAAAAAAUACACUGAUAUAGCGGCUGUAGCAGCAUUAGAAUUAGUGGAAUGUUUCGGACAGUACGACCCCAUUAUCAGUACUCAGUUUCUCGCCCUCUAUCAGAGCUGUAACGUAUCUGUACGUCUCAACGACCUGCUUCACCGUGCGCAGUUAGAUCCGAUACAGUCUAAACUAGCGGCACUUCUGAGACAGAGAGAGAAUCUGUUAACAAAGGAUGUAUCUUAUAACACUGGUGCCAGUUCAGUUAUGUCUACAGUAUGUAAUGCUCUAGAAAAUGACUGGCAGGCUUGGAAGAAGAUGGACAUUCUAACAAAUCAUAUGGAUAUACUGAAAGAAUUUCCUGCCAACUUUAAUUUUAUCAUCCUACAACAUUCUCCUGACAAGAAAUUUUUAUAUGGUGCUGUGCUUGAGAAGCCAAAGGGUGUGCCUGGUGCUGGUGGUGCUGACAAAAAAGGCAAUCCUAAACAGGGAGCUCCAGCACCAAAUCGAGCUAAGAUAUUUGGCAUGGAAACUAGUCGAGCAGAGUUGGAAGGACUGUUGAAUAAAUGCCGUGAACACAGACAAAAUGUUCAACAGUUAUUGGUGAAACAAGAGUAUCAGCGUUCCCAGGCAGCCAUGAGACGUAAAAUGUUAGAAAACCUUGAUGACAGCAUGAAAAGCCAGAAACCAAAAGAAUAUUGGGAAAAUAUGAAUGAUGUUUCUACAUUGGUUGAUGAGAGUGAGAAGGAAGAGCGCCACCUACAGGACGAGUUCCGGGAUCUUGUCAUGGCAAUAGAAAUGUAUCUGAAACCUAUAACAGCCCAGUUUGAAGGUCUACUUGUACCAGCAGUUUCUAGCCCAUCUACCAGUAUAACAGAGAAGCCAGGACGUGAACCCAAGGAGCCACCAGCACCACCCCAGGAGUAUGCUAUCCUGCUUGCAGACCCUGAACUGAUGGAGCUCCCCCUGGAGGCAUUGAAGGUGUUCCAGGCAGAGAGCAUUGUCUCACUGACACGUGACUUCUCUCUACAACUCUUCUAUCACAGAUAUCACCAAGACAACCCUGAAGGUGAAGGACAAGCUGUACCAAGUAAAAAAGGCGAAGCUCCUAAAAGUGCUGCACCCAAAUCUGGGAAGUCGGCACAUGGUCAGGGCAGUGAUGAUGCUGCUGCAGCAGCCAAGAAGGCCAAGGCUAAAGGUGCUGACCAACCUUUCUCUAGAAUACCUGGUAUGAGAGAUGCCAGCAAGAAAAUGGCAAAAAUUAUACCACUGAGCCGACAGCUUAACCAAUGGAACAUUCCUGUUGAUACAAUGAACUUUAGAUUUAUUGUUGACCCUCAUCUAGACUGUGCUGAAACUGAGGAGAACAAGCCAAUAGAUGUGUUUAACAAGAUAUUAGAAGAAUAUGAACAACAGUUUACACCACGCUGGCUUGGAGUGAUGGGUAACGAACAUACACCCAGUGUUGGUGAAUGGGAGGUAUAUUUGUUAGAGAACAGUUCAUUUAUCUUCUAUGGUAUGGAAAGACUGUUGUCCUACAUUCCACCUGCAAAACUCUCGGCACUAAAUAUACCAGAAUGUAUGAUUAUGUAUUCUUUGGAUAUGGCACAGACCACUAAAAGUUUUACAAGGCAGUCAAAAGUCGAUGUCCUUAAAAGUUCAAAGGUUCUUCCUCUAGAGAAACCUGUUGAGACAGCCAUGUUGACAAGUCUGACAGGCAUCAAGUGUAUCCUUGGUAACCAAUGGCAUUGUACACUUGCUGAAAAUGCUGCCAAACUUAAUAUAACCAUGAAAGAUUUGUUAGAGAGUGGAUUAUCUACUGGUGAAGCCGUGCGCAUGUUAUUCACCCCUUACCGCAGAAAGAUCCCAUUGACUGAGUCUGGAGAGGCCGAGGGUGAGGAAGCGGACAAGAAGGAAGAUGAGAGCAAGGGUGAUGGUUCAGUGACAGACAGAUCACAGACAAGUGAUAAAACUUCAACAACUGUACAAGAGUACAAGGAGAAUAUAGACAUACAAAGAUCUUGGUUUAACUUUAUUUGUUAUGGUCUACCUAACAUAGUCGUCACUCAGAUGUAACAAGACAAGUUUGAAACGGUUUUGUUCAUAUAUUGACUGCCAGGAUUUACAGAACUUAUAAACUUUUAAGUUUUC